AUGUUCACCAAAAACUCCCUCGUCGCUCUCCUCGGAGGUCUGUCGCUUGCUCUGGCACAGACUUCCUCUGAGAAGUAUCCCUCCGCAGCAGAGAUUGAAGCCGCUCAGGCUAGCGUUCUCCCUUACUCCCCUGUCUCCCAUGUCAAUGGCAAGUCUUUCAACCGCUUCGUCAAUAUCUGGUUGGAGAACACUGACUUCGAAAAGGCUGCCGCUGAUGAGAACCUGGCUAAGCUGGCGAAGAAGGGUCUGACCCUCACCAACUUCUGGGCGGUCACUCACCCUUCGGAGCCCAACUACUGUGCCUCUGCUGGUGGUGACACCUUUGGCAUGGACAACGACAACUUCAACCAGAUCCCCGCCAAUGUCUCCACCAUUGCGGACAUGUUUGACCACAAGAAGAUCGCCUGGGGUGAAUACCAGGAGUCCCUCCCCUACGCCGGUUACCAGGGAUUUAGAUACCCUGAGACCGGUGCGAACAACUAUGUUCGCAAGCACAACCCCAUGAUCCUGUUUGACUCCGUGACCAACGACGCCACCCGUCUCCGUCAGAUCAAGAACUUCACCAGCUUCUAUGACGACCUGAAGCAGCAGCGUCUCCCCCAGUACAUGUUCAUCACCCCCAACAUGACCAACGAUGCCCACGACACCAACGUUACCUUUGCUGGUAAGUGGACCUGGGACUUCCUCUUCGAGCUCCUCGAGGACGAGUACUUCACCAAGGACACCCUGAUUCUUCUCACCUUCGACGAGAACUCCACCUACAAGAUCGGCAACAACAUCUUCAGCUUCCUGGUCGGUGGUGCGGUCCCCGAGAACCUUGUGGGCAAGGAGGACUCCACCUUCUACACCCACUACUCCAUCAUCGCCUCUCUCUCCGCUAACUGGGGCAUUCCUGCCCUGGGCCGCUGGGACUGUGGUGCGAACCUGCUGAGCUUCUUGGCCGAGAAGGUCGGCUACACCAACUGGGAGGUCGACACCACCAACCUGCACCUCAACGCCAGCUACCCCGGCCCCAUGUCCAGCAACAGCUACAGCCCGGAGUGGCCUGUUCCUCUCACCAAGGGCAAGUGCUCCGGUGGCCACGGUAUCCUUCACGUUGUCAAGGACACCUACAGGCACCUGACUGCCACCAAGAACUACACCAGCCCCAUUCCCUAUGACUCUGCUUCCGCCAACACCCUGGGCAUCAAGUACAAGCGUGUUCUGCGCCACGGUAAGCAAUUCCAGAUGGAGGAGGGUAUUACCGCGUAG